AGAUUCAAUUUUCCAUUCAUUCAUUUUGUGAUUCCAAAGCUAACAAAGCAGCCGAAAGACUUUUCUGUAUUCUUAAAUUGUUUCAUAAAUCAUGUCGCAGUACUGUGCCCGAAAGGGACCCGUGGUGUUCUCCAAACUGGGCAAGUGGGCCUAUAACUUGUCCGGCUUCAACCAAUACGGACUGUACCGCGAUGAUUGUCUGAACGAGAACGAAGACGUGCAGGAGGCAGUGCGUCGCCUGCCGCGUGACUUGUACGACGAGCGCAACUAUCGCAUCAUGAGAGCUCUGCAUUUGUCAAUGACCAAAACGGUUCUGCCCAAGGAGGAGUGGACCAAGUACGAGGAAGAUGUCAAGUACUUGGAACCCUAUCUAAACGAGGUGAUCAAAGAGCGCCUGGAGCGUGAGGAAUGGGGAAAGUAAACUCUCGCACGUUUCCUGGAAUUUGCAUUCAUUUUAAAAUCCCGUCGAUACACGGCUAUGUCAACGCAAAUAAUUUUCGCAUUAAGGCCGUUCGAAUAAAUACUACAUAUACAUAUAAAA